CCGAGUUUGGUUUGUAGACUAUGUCUUAUUAUGAAGAGAUUGAGUUGCAGAAGUAUGGUUGAGAUUUCGACGAUUUCUUUAGCUUUGAUCGUAUAGGAUUGGAAAUUCUAAUGUUUGGGCUGGCGACAGGAUAAUCUAGAAUGCUAUUUAGGGUGUUUUUGUGUGUUUUUCUUCUGUAUUUCGUGCGUGGCUCGUUGGCGUCUUCGCCACGACUGCUGUUUGCCAAUCGAAAAGACAUCCGAAUUCUACGAAGUACUAAUGGCUCGCCAAAUGACACUAUCGUUGUCAGUGGUCUCGAAGACGCGAUCUCUUUGGAUUUCGAUUACCAGCAGAAACUCGUCUUUUGGACGGACGUUAGUUCAGAGAAAAUUAAAAGCGCUCGUCUGUUUGGCAAUAAAAACAAAGUUAGAACUGUUAUCGAUAUUGGAUUGAAGCGUCCUGAAGGAUUAGCUGUCGACUGGGUCACCAAGAAGUUUUACUGGACGGACUCACAACUUGAAACAAAUCGAAUUGAAGUCGCCAAUUUUGAUGGAUCCUUUAGGAAAGUGCUUUUCUGGCAUAAUUUGGGUCAGCCAAGGGCUAUAGCUGUAGACCCUACGUCUGGAUACAUGUUCUGGACCGACUGGGGCGAAGUUCCCAAGAUUGAACGUGCAGACAUGGAUGGAAACAAUAGAACUGUCAUAGUCUCAAAAAGAAUAUUUUGGCCAAACGGCUUAACCAUCGACUACAAAGAUAGAAAAAUAUACUGGACUGAUGCUAAAUUAAACCAUAUUGCGUGUACCAACUUUAAUGGUGAUCGCACUAUGAGUGUUGUCCAAGGGUCACUGCCGCACCCAUUUGCGCUCAGCCUAUUUGGAAACAAGCUGUAUUGGACAGACUGGACGACACGGUCGAUUCAUUCUUGUAAUAAAAAUACUGGUCAUGGAAUGCAAGUGUUAAAGUCAAAGAUUGAAUCACCAAUGGAUAUCCAUGUGUUUGAGCCAGAUCGACAAAUAAAGCUACCUUCAAGUCGAAAACAGUGUGGACAGAAUAAUGGUGGCUGUAGUCAUCUGUGUUUACUGGCCCCCCAUGGGUACUCGUGUGCUUGUCCUACCGGUGUCCAGGUCCUCUCGGAUGGUAAAACAUGUGAAACAGGACCACAACAUUUUCUUUUGCUGGCCAGAAGAACUGAUAUCCGUCGGAUAUCCCUGGAUACUCCCGACCACACGGACGUGGUGUUACCCUUGACGGGAAUCAAGCAUGGUAUGGCGGUUGACUUUGACCCUGUAGAAAAAUACGUGUACUGGAGUGACGACCAAAAUGAUUACAUCAAGAGGGCUCGUAUUGAUGGCACAGGUGUAGAAGUGGUCGCAUCGAUCGAGGUACAGAAUCCAGACGGUAUAGCUGUAGACUGGAUUGCUCGUAACCUAUACUGGACAGACACGGGUAUGGAUCGGAUUGAAGUUAGCAGACUUGAUGGGUCAUCUCGUACGGCUCUUAUCUCUAAAGGGUUGAGGGAACCAAGAGCUAUUGUAGUGGACCCCGGUAGAGGGUACAUGUUCUGGACGGACUGGGGCAAGAACGCCAAAAUAGAACGAGCGGACCUAGAUGGCAGCAAUAGACUGGUACUAGUCAACACUUCAAUAAUAUGGCCAAAUGGAUUGGCCAUUGACUAUGAUGAACAAAAACUUUAUUGGGUCGAUGCCAAGCUAGAUAAAAUAGAAGCUAUGGACUUCAGUGGGAAGAAUCGUCGAGUCGUCUUGAAUAAAAAUCUGCCGCACGUGUUUGGGCUUACUGUGUUGGGCGAGUAUCUGUACUGGACAGACUGGCAGAGGAGGAAUGUGGAUAUGAUCCAUAAACGUACGGGAAAAGGAAGAAAGAGCGUGAUUGAGAAUCUGCCGGAUUUGAUGGGACUGAAAGCAAUCAACUUGACCAUUGCUUAUGGUUCGAAUUCUUGUCAAAAGAAUAAUGGUGGAUGCAGUCAUCUAUGUUUGAACCGACCCACGGGUCAUAUAUGUGGCUGCCCUACUGGUAUGGAACUGCUCAAAGACAAGAAAAAAUGCAUCAUUCCCGAGGCAUUUCUACUCUUCKCCGGCAGUAAAGACAUCCACCGUAUCUCUCUUGACACGUACAGUGGUGACAAAGGGAUCCCACUCAUCGGCGUCAAAGAAGCCAACGCGCUGGACUUUAGCAUUAAAGACAUGCGUAUCUACUGGACCGACAUCUCACUCAAAACCAUCAACCGUGCUUUUCUCAAUGGGAGCAACCCUGAGAAUUUAAUCAUCGUCGACCUCGAAUCACCAGAUGGGCUUGCUGUGGAUUGGAUCGCUAAGAAUCUGUAUUGGACGGAUUCCAGGAAGCAUAAGAUUGAAGUGGCAAGGGUUGACGGUCAACAUCGAAGGACACUGUUUUAUAAGGACGUCUGGGAACCUAGGUCUCUUACUCUGGAUCCAGUGAAUGGGUACCUGUUUUGGGCUAAUGGUGGCGAUAACCCGAGCAUCGAGAGAGCAAACAUGGACGGCUCGAAUAGAACUCUCAUCAUAACAGGAGUCAAACGACCCAACGAUAUCACUCUUGACUACAAAGAAAACCUUAUUUUCUGGGUCGAUACCGACAGCUCUGUCAUCGAGUGUACAGACUACUCAGGAGGAAAUAGGAGAAUCGUCGCAAGGUCCUUGUCAAAACCCUACGCCUUGACGCAAUUCAAGGAUUAUAUCUACUGGACAGACUGGGACACAGAAUCAAUCGAACGAGCCAAUAAGACAACAGGAUUGAACAGGACGCGUGUGCGAAGUGCAGUUGAUUAUGUGAACGAUAUCAUAGUUUUCCACACAACCAGACAAGAAGGAUGGAACGUGUGCUUCGUGAACAAUGGUGACUGUAGCCAUCUGUGUCUAGUAAGACCAGGACAGCAAAGAACAUGCAGCUGCCCGAUGCACUUUAAACUGUUACCUGAUAACAAGACUUGUGAAGCUCCUAAAGCGUUCAUGUUGUACAGUACCACCGAAUCCGUCCGUCGGUUCAUCUUCGACUCCAACGAUUUCCAUGAAAUCAGCUUACCACUGCGUAAGCUCCAUGACGUCAUCGCUACGAGCUAUGACAUCAACACUCAGUAUGUGUACUGGAUCAACGCCAAAACGAACACCAUUCGUAGAGCGUUCGAGAACGGUUCGGGUGACAGCAUAGUGAUUGAUGAUCCAAAUGUUGCUCCUUAUGAUCUUGCGAUCGAUCCAUACGGGCACCAGAUGUAUUGGACGGACAGCGCACGAAACGAUAUCAAUGUGUUCAGCUUGAGGAAGAUGAAGCCUUUAGGUGUUGUGGUGAUGGCUAACAAGGGGGAGGAACCAAGAUCUAUUGUUUUGUUUCCAGAGAAAGGGUUAAUGUUCUGGACAGACCUUGGUUCAAAUGGACCAGCGAUUCUUCGUGCUUCGAUGGACGGUACCAACCCACAAGUUAUUGUGAGUUCUACCAUAACGAUGCCUGAAGGCCUAGCUGUAGAUAUUGAUGGCGAGAAGCUUUACUGGACGGACACUUCGCUGAAGAAGAUUGAAGUUUCUGAUCUAUCAGGUGCCAAUCGUGCAGUACUGGUCGAGAAGAACCUUCUAAAACCUGUGGGCAUCGCUGUCUAUGAACAGUUUCUUUACUGGAUCGACAGCCAAGCGCGAGUAAUUAAACGAGUGAGGAAGGAAAGUGGCAGUGAGAUGAGGACAAUCCAGGCUGGAAUUGAUGACUUGACUGAUCUUGUAGCGUUAGACCGAAGAAAGAAGAUGGCCAAUCAUCCUUGUAUCAAUAACUUAUGCACGCAUAUAUGUCUGAUUGGUCGAGAUAACACUGCAAAGUGUUCGUGCACUGGUGCCAUGGUCAGAAAAGAGGACAACCGAACUUGUGGAGAACCAUCGACAUGCCCUGCAGAUAAAUUCACUUGUGUGGAAGAAAGGGGUAACUGUAUUCCAUUCUUGUGGCGUUGUGAUGGCAUGAACGACUGCGCUAAGGGUUCAGAUGAAGAGAACUGUCCUCCGUGCGCUCCCAACCAGUUUCGCUGCGAAAAUGGUCAGUGUAUUGAUGGUAAUCCAAAAUGUGAUAACCACAAGAACUGUUCUGAUGGCAGCGAUGAAAAAGGAUGCACUACCUGUGAGCCCAACCACUUUCAAUGUAAGAUUGGAGGUUGCAUCAGUGCUGAAUGGCAAUGCGAUGGUCUCAGUGACUGCGGGGAUGGCUCUGAUGAAAUAAAUUGUGAAGCAAGAAAUGUUACUGACAAAGCAGCUCUCCGCAAGCUCAAUUCUCAACUCAGCGCCAAAAUGGUUGGCGGAAUUGUAUCGUCAAUAGUCGUUUGUCUUCUGCUGUUCGCGAUAUCGUUACUUGUCUGGCGUCGACUGAAGCACACUCCUGACAGUAACAUACCCCACGAUAUUGGUCUCGUAGUCACCCCAACCAAUAAUAGGAUAACUUCUUCGACUUGUUCGAGUUUAUCACACGCAAGUCUUUAUACGAAACGAAAUGGCGUAGCGUCGUCCGUAGCGUCGAGCAAGAGACUCAAUAUCAUAUCUAACAUCACUAAUUCUGGGACGCUACAUACGGCGUACGAUCGUGAACAUUUGACAGGAGCGUCAUCGUCGUCGUCUGCAUGUACAGUUAUAAGCGCUUAUCCGAGGGAGACGCUCAAUCCCCCUCCGUCACCCGUGACGGAGCGGUCGUUAUUCUCGUCUAGGUCACGUGGGUAUUGUGAUUCCGUCAUGACUCCUUCUACUUGUCCGAGUCAUCGUUACUACCGUGCGCACAUGCCGCCGCCACCCACGCCAGUCUCUACUGAUGCGGAAUCAUCUGUCAAUCAUCCGCUUCAUCGGCAUCAUCGGAGAUCACAUAAUGUACGGAGCAAAAAAUUUAACCGAUACCCGGACUCGAAUUGUACCGACGUGGCGUACGACUCGGACUUAUUCGCUCCUCCCCCGACACCAAAUACGAACUACUUAUCCGAGGCGACUCAUUUCUCGGAAAACGAAUGCCCUCCGUCGCCGACUAUAACAGAAAGGAGCUAUUUUCAUCCUUACCCCCCUCCCCCAUCGCCCGUGACAGACACGCCGUCAUUGGUGUGAGAAGUAAUUAUGUUAUAGAUAAUAUUAGUUAUCUAAAAUAUUAAUAUGAAUUAAUCUUUAUCAGACCGAUAAAGUAAUCAGAGAAUCCGAUGUAGGAAGGUCGCGUUUUAGUAGCCUUAUAAAGCAAAGCAAUCCUCAGUCAAAUUGUCCACGUGAUCAAAUUGACUUAUCACGUGACGAAUAGCGAAUCACGUGACUGGUAGGCUGCGUGGGGGUUGGGACUGUCCUAAAGGGAGACAAAAAAGGUUUCUAAAUAAUCUGGGGCAGAGAAGUGGUUGGCUUUAGGAUUAUCUCCUCUAAGCCAGUUUUUUCUGUGCCUUUCUAAAAGUCAAUGCCAUUUCCAUGGUUUUAGUUGCGUUGCGUUACGUUAACUAGCGAAACACCAAACUUCACCCGGAACGAAUUCUACGGAUUCUUUGAUUAUUGCUGCAUUACCCAAGAACCUUUGCCGUGAAGUUUUUAAUUUUGUUGUCUAUUUUCUCCAUGAUUCGUUUUGCCUGUCGAGUUUAUUCAUUGAUUUUUGAUUUGAAUGAGAAUUGUUUUUGACUUCGAAUACCGCUUUAAGCCUUCUUUUAUAUCCAAAUGCUUCGUAUUUUAAAAUGUUUUUAUUCCUGACAAUUUUUAGACUUAAAUUACUUCAUUUUUCUCCGUCGCGAUCAAGUAAGUCAGCGGUAUCGCAAACAAAUCUAUGCGCCUUGCCGUCACGCGUUUUAAUUUUAGUUACGCAAAGAAUCUUGGGUAACGCGAAAUAUUUAAAUACCUAUAUGAUAUUGUAAAUAUACUGUAAAUAGUAUAUAUAUAAAUAGUUGUAUAUGAUAUAUUCUCCCUUGCUCCCCUAUAAGAGUUUUACAAAUUUUAAAUUUCUGGGAGAAUUCCUAAAUUAAUCAACUAACUGUUGAUAAACCAAACAUAAGCUAGAGUGCAUAACAUAUUUCCGUGAAAUACUUUGUAAAAAUUUGCACAAAUUAGUAAUUGACCUCGGUAUACCGUAGACCUAUAAAACUUUGCACUAAUUUGUACGCUUUUGUUAGUUAACUUUUUCAUGGAUAUAUGGUAUGCACACUACUAAAACGCCAUCUUGUUCUGCCUGCAAAGGAUCUUGGGAAAUUUAAAAUCCUUUUGCGUGCCAAUUCAAAAAUGGCGGUAAAAUUUAACUGAGUUGUUUACCUUAGAUGACUCGCUGUGAUUGGCUGAAAUGGUGGUUACAAUAAUUAUUAAGCCGCUUAUCUGUAGAAUACCUUUUGAUAUUUUGCUAAAUUAAUAUAUUUUUUUCAAUAAAAAGUAUUUGUACAAA